CCUGCUUGGGCGCCGCCGCGCGAGCGCUUCCCUUCCCCCUGCGAGCGCCCGGAUAAUGUCUGAGAAUGUCCAUUUCUGGGACGCUUAGCAGCUAUUAUGUCGACUCGAUCAUAAGUCACGAGAGUGAGGACGCGCCUCCAGCCAAGUUUCCUUCCGGCCAGUACGCGAGCCCCCGGCAGCCGGGCCACGCGGAGCACCUGGAGUUCCCCUCGUGCAGUUUCCAGCCCAAAGCGCCGGUGUUCGGCGCCUCCUGGGCGCCGCUGAGCCCGCACGCGUCCGGAAGCCUGCCGUCUGUCUACCACCCCUACAUCCAGCCCCAGGGCGUCCCGCCGGCCGAGAGCAGGUACCUCCGCACCUGGCUGGAGCCCGCGCCUCGCGGCGAAGCUGCCCCGGGGCAGGGCCAGGCGGCGGUGAAGGCGGAGCCGCUGCUGGGCGCGCCUGGGGAGCUGCUCAAACAGGGCACGCCCGAGUACAGUUUGGAAACUUCGGCGGGCAGGGAGGCCGUCCUGUCUAAUCAAAGACCCGGCUACGGGGACAAUAAAAUUUGCGAAGGAAGCGAGGACAAAGAGAGGCCGGAUCAAACCAACCCCUCUGCCAACUGGCUGCACGCCCGCUCUUCCCGGAAAAAGCGCUGUCCCUACACCAAAUACCAGACGCUGGAGCUAGAGAAGGAGUUUCUGUUCAAUAUGUACCUCACCAGGGACCGCAGGCACGAAGUGGCCAGACUCCUCAAUCUGAGUGAGAGACAAGUCAAAAUCUGGUUUCAGAACCGGCGGAUGAAAAUGAAGAAAAUGAAUAAGGAGCAGGGCAAAGAGUAAAGAUCACCCCUGCCCUCCCCAGCCCUUCCCCAUCUCGCUCUUAUUUAUGUGAUGGCUGCAAAGCCAGUGCUGUGUGGGAUGUAUCCUAGUGAAUGGGGAAGGGCUUCCUCUCCACAAAGUCCCUCAACUGCACCUAGAGCCUGCCUCCUUUCCUUUGCCUGUACCUGUCCCUCCCAUCUUCCUGGGUGUCAGAAGAAAGUUUUGUUAAGUUAGAAGAUAGAAGUAGUUGAUUCCUAAGAAGGUGAUGGACCACCAGGAAAGAGAGAUGCUAGUCAAACUCCUAGGAUCCCCUGUAAUUUUUCUGAGAAGCCCCAGUCCCUCACUUCCAGCCUGCCUGUUCCUUCUCUGCACCUAUGCUCAAGUCACCCAGGGACACGCCAACUGCACACAGUCUAGCAGAUGCCCACAGGCAUAAAGUUUGGAGUUCACAGUAAAUUGGUGAAGUCAAAUGAAAUGACACUCCAAAUGCAAACAUCACAUCCAAAUCUGGCAGAACAGCUCUCAAAUCAUCAGGCAAGUCUGAGUUUCAACCCCUGAUUCAAAUACGCACCAGGAAGAUGUCUAGAGACAGACUCCUGAAUGAGGGGCUGCAGCCCAAAGUCUCAGCAUCCCAAUACCAUCCCACAUGGAAUUGCCAGCUAUACCCCAGGACACCUCCUGUGUGCAGAUGGGGCCAACCUAGUCCCCAAGAUGGUAGGCUAGAAAGGGCAAGAAAAGGCAGUAAGUGGUUUUAUGAAGAUGUCUUAGGUGGAGCACCCUCCACAUACAUGUUGUUGCAGGAAAUGUUUAAUUCUGCAUGAUGUUUUCCUCGCCUUCCAACAAAAGAAGGUCAAACUGUGGGUUGUAGAGCCUUGACAAUGUCCUCCCCCAUUCAUCUGUGCCCCACUUGACAGAGACUGUAGCUUUUCUUGCUCUCCACUGCCCCUGCAUUCUUCCGUAUCCCCUUCAGCUCUGAAAUCAUCUCUGAUCAGCCAGAACCACCUUGCACCAGUGAGUCAAGCCACCCCUUGUAGAAAGCUCCCUCUGCCCUUCACCCCACUUCCUGGGUCAACCCCACUGUAGACAGGAAGGCCAGGUCUGGAGAGUCCGAUUGAGAAUUUAUUGUGAAUCGAUUUCCCGGCUUUCUUCCGGAGUAAGCUAUAGGGGACAGGGAGGAGCAAUGGCCCCAGGGCACUGAGCUAUCACAUCUCUCCCCAUCCCACUGGUUUCCUGACAUACAAGGAGGAGCCCCUAGGCUGCCCACUCCAGUCCUGGGCUUCACUUCCUACUGCACCGGCCUGGGUGGCGAUUUGCUCUGUGUGACUGGUUCUUUGCAUCCUUCUGGGGAACAGUUCCCGCGUACAGAGGAAAGAGACAAAAUCUCAGCUAAGCAUCAGGCGAAACUCACUCUGCUUCCUCCCCCUACCCUGCCUCCCCACCACUCCAUGCCCUCAGUUCCAAGGACUCUUGCUUCUGCUUCUCCUGACCCUACAAGGGGGCAUCCCAGUAGAAUUUUUUUUUUUUUUUUGCAUUGUCGUGGCGUUGUGAAAUCGUGCUUGUGUUUUGUGAUUUCUUUGAGGGAGAUUGUCUGGACUGUUUUCAGU